AUGGCGUACGUGGCAGACUCCGCAGGGUCCCGGCUGCGGGUAGCGCGGCCACAGAAAGGAAAUAUUUUCCCAGUACCAUCCCCUUCAGAAAGCUGUCGACUAUACACCCAACUAAAAUGGCAGCGGCGACUACGCCACGGAGCCCCCCGCAGCAACCAGCGCCUGGGGUCCGGAAGCGGCGCCGAGCCUCCUCCACCACAGGCCACUCAGGCCAUUUCGAGAAAAAGCGGCAGCCACAACUCCGCUGUCUUCCUCUCGCUCUCCAUCCAUUUCUCAGAGGACCCCCAAAGCUUCACUUACUCGGUUUUAGUUGUCGGAAUCCGAGUCGGUCGUUAUUCAGUGUCUAAUAAGUUAAUGUUCAUGAAAAAUAUAUUAAUUUUGGGAGGGGGCAGAGGCGGAGGCACGGGAGGGGGCCGCUGUAGCCCAGGACCUGCAGACCCUGGGGAAGCAUUGGAGUCCCUGUGCCAAAGCCUGGGCGAUCAGUACUGCUGCCGCCAUAGCCUCCUCCUAAAGCACCUGGACCUCACGAUAUCUGCAUUCCACUGGAGUGAUCGGGCAGAGGCCCAAAGGGAGGCCAUGAAGGCAGUGCUGUUCCCAAUUCGAGAGACUAUGACCCCAGAAUCGGAUGUCUCCAUUGCACACAUCCUGGCUGCCCAAGCUGAUCUGUCUCGUCUUGUCCCAGCCAUGAGCAAGGCUGCCCGCCGAGGGACCAGCUGUGCCAUCAACAAGGUGCUUAUGGGCAAUGUGCCAGACCGAGGUAAAAUUUUCUAUUAG